CAACAAUAUCCAACAACCAACAACCAACAACAUCCAGCAACCAACAACACUUCCCAACAACAUCCACUCAACCCACCACCACAAUGCUCUUCACUCAAAGCCUCACCCUCGUGGCCCUCCUCACCACCUCCGCCCUCGCCUCUCCCCUUGCCCAGAACGGCGGCGGUACGGCCGGCACCACCGGACUCCGCAACAACUGCGACGGCUCCACAUUCGUCCCCGUGACCGGCAGCGCCGGCAACGCCCCAUCCAAGUGGGACUGCCAGCUGCUCCGCGACGGCUACAUCGCCAAACAGAACAAGUCCUGGCUCAUCUCCGGCCCUCGCAUCAUUGGUACCGUUCGCACUUGCCAAUUCUCCGCGACGGUGGAUGUCUCCGGUACGUCAGGCUGGAUCGGACGGGACGACAUUAUGGAUCUAAUGAAGGACUCGUUGAACUUGUGGAAGGAUGGCGAAACGACGCAGGUUCAGGGCGCGAUGCAGGUGGGUGAGUCGGGCGAUGUGAAUUGUGUUGCUGGGAAGAAUGGAGAGGGGCAGAAGGUUCGUAUUGCUUGGACUCUGGGGCAUUCGUAGGUGGGAGGCCGAAUAGGGGGGGUGAUGAGCAGAGAGGUCGUCGCAGAGGUGGACCGGACCAGGAGAUCAGUUUCGCCGAUAUAUAUAUAUGCUGAUAGAACGGUGUACAUCAGUCGGCUUUGAUUGUCC